AUGCGCGAGAUUGUACACAUCCAGGCUGGUCAAUGUGGCAACCAGAUUGGUGCCAAGUUCUGGGAGGUUAUUUCUGACGAACAUGGUAUUGACCCAACCGGAACUUACCACGGCGACUCCGAUCUUCAAUUGGAGCGCAUCAAUGUCUACUACAAUGAGGCUUCAGGAGCUAAAUACGUUCCAAGAGCCAUUCUGGUGGAUCUCGAACCAGGUACAAUGGAUAGUGUUCGGGCUGGUCCUUUCGGGCAAAUAUUCCGACCCGAUAACUUUGUCUUCGGCCAAAGUGGUGCCGGAAACAACUGGGCUAAGGGCCAUUACACUGAGGGAGCUGAACUUGUAGACUCCGUCUUGGACGUUGUUCGCAAGGAGGCUGAAUCUUGCGAUUGCCUUCAAGGUUUUCAACUGACCCAUUCUCUCGGAGGUGGUACUGGUUCUGGUAUGGGUACUCUCUUAAUUUCAAAAAUCCGAGAGGAAUACCCAGACCGCAUGAUGGUCACCUAUUCUGUUGUACCAUCACCUAAGGUAUCGGAUACCGUUGUUGAACCCUACAAUGCCACUCUCUCUGUACAUCAACUUGUUGAAAACACUGAUGAGACUUAUUGCAUUGACAAUGAAGCCCUUUAUGAUAUUUGCUUCAGAACCUUGAAACUAUCCAACCCAACUUACGGCGAUUUAAAUCAUCUUGUUAGUGCCACAAUGUCCGGUGUAACCACUUGUCUACGUUUUCCAGGUCAGCUCAAUGCUGAUCUUCGCAAAUUGGCCGUCAACAUGGUGCCAUUCCCACGUCUGCAUUUCUUCAUGCCCGGUUUCGCACCUUUGACAAGCCGCGGUUCUCAACAGUACAGAGCACUCUCUGUUCCCGAAUUGACUCAGCAAAUGUUUGAUGCGAAAAAUAUGAUGGCUGCCUGUGAUCCUCGUCACGGUCGCUAUCUUACAGUUGCUGCCAUCUUCCGCGGAAGAAUGUCCAUGAAGGAAGUGGAUGAGCAGAUGUUAAACGUUCAGAACAAGAAUUCUAGCUACUUUGUUGAGUGGAUUCCCAAUAACGUCAAGACUGCCGUCUGUGACAUCCCACCACGUGGACUAAAGAUGUCCGCGACAUUCGUCGGUAACAGCACUGCUAUUCAGGAGCUCUUCAAGCGUGUUAGCGAACAAUUUACCGCUAUGUUCCGUCGCAAGGCUUUCCUGCAUUGGUAUACUGGUGAAGGAAUGGAUGAGAUGGAAUUUACAGAGGCGGAGUCCAACAUGAAUGAUUUAGUCAGCGAAUAUCAGCAGUAUCAAGAUGCUUCUGCUGAAGAUGAAGGUGAAUACGAUGAGGAUGAGGAAGAGCCUGAUGAGGCUUAA